GGAAGAGAAAGGAAUCUCAGAUCCCAAAUCAAUCAGGGGGCACAAGAAGAGAAGAGCAAUAGAAGAGCGAGCAAUGUGGAGAAGGAAUUUGGUUUCCUGGGCUAUAAUCGCAGCCGCAGUAGCGGCGGCAGCAGCAUAUCUUUCUGUAUGUUCGGCUGCCGAAUCGAAGUCGACGGCUUUCGUCAAAAAUACCAUUUCUUCCCACAAAAUCGUCAUCUUCUCCAAGUCCUAUUGCCCGUAUUGUAGGAGGGCAAAAGCAGUAUUCGAAGAGCUGAAGGAAACACCCCAUGUUGUUGAGCUCGAUCACAGAGAUGAUGGGCACAACAUUCAAGAUGCUCUGAGGGAGAUUGUCGGGAGGCGAACCGUGCCGCAAGUAUUCAUAAAGGGCGACCAUAUCGGCGGUUCCGACGAUACUGUGGAAGCAUAUGAAAGCGGAGAACUCGCUAAACUUCUCGGCAUUGCAUUUACAGUGGCACAUGAUAAAGACGACGAUCUCUAAUUUUCAAAUCCCGGAGGCGGAGGAGGGAGGCCGACCGCUGAGAAGCUAGCUAGCUCGGAUUUAUUUGCGCUGGAUGUUUGGCUAAGAGAGUUGAGUAAAAUUUUAUGGAAUUCUUUCCUUGGCAAUUGGCACAGGAGAAGGUCUCGCAUUGAAGUUUAGACCUUGUAUUUUCUACUUCAUUUGAUCUCCAUCUGUUGCUAAUAUGAGGAGGAUUUACAAUUCUGUAAUGUUGAAGUAAGGAUUCGCUUUUCGUAACUCGUUUCACUUUCAAUUAUUGUCUGGCUUCCCUCGUUCUUGUUUUGGAAGUGAACUUGUUUAAUAGAUGAGUUUUAUGUCAUGAGGUUUCCAAAGCUUCAAAUAAACAUCAUUAGAACAAAGACAAUAUUUACUUACCAGAUGGGUUC